AUUCAUCUCAGUCUUAGAUUGACACGACGAUCAUUUCGUUUCCACCGAUCCUUUUUGUGAGAGAAUAUCCAUUUGCCUAUCCACCAAAAGCGCAACAUGGGAAAGAAGAUUACAUAUUUUAUCACCCGCCAUACCGGGAUCAGCGAAACAGCUCGAGUCUAUGGCGAUCUUAGAAAGCAAAUUGCUGAAUAUCACAACGCAGGAAAAAUGAGGAAAGCAGGGAAAAAAGCGAUCGAGCUACUUGAGUACAUUACAGAUUUGUGUACGGAAGAGGAGACAAUAGAACCAAAAUAUGAUCAGUACUUACAAAAAUCCAUAAACCUCUGCGAGCAUUAUGUUAAAUAUAUAAAAAAAUGGCCUGAUUUAUUUUGCACAGCACAAAAGGCACUUAGUGCAGGUUAUUUAGUGUUGAAUAACUUUGAAAAGGCCAUUGGUCAUGGUAAAAAAGCCGUUGAGAGGCUACAACAGUCAUCUAACCAUGACAAUAUAAACGCUAUGGAUGAAGAUCGAAAGUAUCAGAAAGAAUAUCUACAGACAUCCUAUCGAGCACUAGGCAAUAUCUAUUUUCAAAAGAGCUUACAUCCAAAAAAUGCACGGCACGACGAUGUCGAAAUCGCUCUACACUACUAUAACAAAGAACGUGAGAUACUUGCUACAAUGGCGAAAGAGGAUAUCGAAGGAAAUGUAGACGACAAUUAUCUUGAAGCCUUAAUGCAAGCUUCCAAUUAUAAUACGGGAGUCAUGCAAUGUAAGGUUCCACAUUUUCGCAAGGAAGGGGAAGCCAACUUGAAAAGAGCCAUUCAACAAGCCGAGGAACUUAAGGAUCCAAUGAGCGAAAAAAAGGCUUGGUGGGAAUUGGGGAAUCUAUAUAAAAGAAUCAAGAAUUUUGACCUUGUUAAAAGGUGUCAGAAAGAAGAGCAUCGACUAAUUGAGGAUAAUUCUUUUACUGAUGAUGAGAUAUACUGCUUUAAUGAGCGAAUGUAUUUUCAUCUCUUCCUUGGCGAAUAUUGUAACUGUCUUCAGUUGCAUGAGACUGCAAUUGCAAAUAAGGACGCAACUUCCUCAAAGCCUUUUGAUGACACUUUGCGCACGGUAAAAAAAAUCAAUGCAGCAAGAGAGCAACUGAUGAGUAUGGUACAUAGAAGAAAUCACAAUGAUGAGUUGUUCACAGCAAAACUAUUGAAUUAUAUUGAAAUGCUUUUCGAACAAGGGGACAAGGAACUGUAUCGCAUGGCUUUACAAGCUAUAGAUGAAUAUUUACCUGCUAUGCUACAAGCAAGAGAUUAUUCUCACUUGGCCUAUGCGCAACUUUUGCACUAUAAAUUAGAAGCACAAUGGGCUAUUGGAGAAUCAGAAAAACAAGAUUAUCUCAAGUCUAGCAACGAUGCUUACGAUUUCGUGAAAACCAACUUACUAGAUAGCGCAUUGAAGCGGCUUGGACUGCUUGUGGAGAUAUUAUCACUUCGUGUGAGAAUAUACGAAUUUUUUAACAAUCCGUUACAAAUGAAUGCUACAAAAACUAUGUUGGAAGAGGCUCAAAAAGAAGAAAAAUUACUGAGACAAAAACAGGAGAACAAUUACCAUUUAAUGGAAGAGUUAGCCGGACGCAAUCGUAUAACGCCUUCUAUCUCUCAGCUUAGAGAAAGAGUAAGUAGCUCGUCAAUUGUAUCCAUAGACAAUAGCAAAAUUUUAACAUUUUUUAAAGAACAUACGAGUGAAAGUCAUGACAAAACCUCCAAUUGAAAUGAACAUACAUUAUGAGCAUGCCCCUGAAACUGUUAAACAUCUGAUGGAAGAUAUUGCCAAACGAUGCUGGGAUUUAUAUGGAUUACAGGUAGGUAUCUCUCAAAGUUGUUCUUUGCUUCUUGGGUUAGUUGUACUAAACGAUGAUUUAUCUUUUUCCUUUUACAAAGCCGAACAUCAAAGCCAUACAAACAGAAAAUAGUGAGGUCUUACCACAGGAUUAUCUGCGGCAUGUUAUAGUGAAAGACAAUCAGUUAUUUGUAGUAACUGUAAAAAAUAUGGUUAAUAAGAAACCUAUUGAGAUCUAUGAAAAUACCUGCAAACGACUGAAAGUGAAGCCUGUUGAACCACUG